AUGGACCGCGGUGCCACCCAGUUCUCGCAGUCAGAACACGCGUCUGCUGCUCAAUACCCCGGGAAACAAGACUAUCCCACCUCUGUGACUCCCACCUCGGAGUACAGCGUCUAUCCUCCCUCGGCGCGAUCAGGCAGCGCGAGCAGCGGAGAUCCGUCUAUUGCGGCUCCGAGUCCAACCUACCCUUAUGGGCAGCACUCGCCGUAUGCGCCGAAUCCAGACAUGUCUCAUGGCUACUCCCAUCAGAGCGGAGGCAUGUAUGCGCAGCCCCGACCCGACUGGGCCGGCUACAGCCAGCAUGGAGCUCCUCCUUUGACUCCCGGCCACCCCGUCUACGCUCAAUCCCCAGCGUCUGCUCCUCAGCAGAGACCUAGCCAGGUUUACUCGUUUGUUCCCAUCCCCGGCGCUCAGCAGCACAAACGCCCCCGUAGACGCUAUGAGGAAAUCGAGCGCAUGUACAAGUGCGGCUGGAAUGGAUGCGAGAAGGCCUACGGCACUCUGAACCAUCUCAACGCGCACGUCACCAUGCAGUCUCACGGCCAAAAGCGAACUCCCGAAGAGUUCAAGGAGAUCCGCAAAGAGUGGAAGCAGAGAAAGAAGGAGGAGGAGGCUCAGCGCAAGGCUGAGGAGGAGCGACAGAGAGCAGCAGCGGUUAAUGUCGCGCAAAACGGUGGUGGUGACCCCCAGGCUCCCGAUGGAUACCAGCCCAACCAGUAUCCUGCUCCCCCUUCUGGCAACGUUGGACAACAGCCCAUGCCGGAAUAUGGAGCCAGCCACAUGUACUCCAACUACCAGCCUCACUCUCCCUAUGCUCAGCCCAGCCAGCAGAACAUGUAUAGCCAAUCAAAUGGAGCACCUCCCCCUAGCCACUAG